AUACCCAGUAGGAAAGUUAAGAAAAAUAAAGAGAGAGAGAGAGAUAGGAGGAGAGGAAGUCAGUCAGUGUUGUGGUGGGUGAGUGUGUAUCAGCUGGUGUGGGAGGUCAGUCCCACAAAUUCUAUCUCUUGGCCAUGGGCACCCAAAAUGCUGACGACCAGGAAGUAUUUGAAAUAGUUGACUUUACAACUGCAUCAGAAUGGGAAUGCUUCAUUGCUGCUGUAGUGGAAGCUGUGCACGAGUGGAGGUUAUCAGGAGAGAGGCAGUUGUCUCCUCUUAGUAAAGGACAGUUAGCCACAGCAAAAUGGAGUGAGAGAACAGUAGAAGUAAAGUUUGCCGAAUUUCCCUUUAAGAUGACCCACCACUGCAUCAUAAGUGAAACCGUUGAGUCUCCACCUGACGAGUCUGAACCCAGCACAGAAUAUGAAACUGAAGAGGAGACAGAGAAGUGGCCACAGGCACUGGAUGAUAUCAUGAAUAGGGAGAAUGACUUUCCAGCCCGAGCCCACUGCCUUGUACGUUGGUAUGGUUUGAGGGAGUUUGUCACUCUUUCACCUUCAAAUGCUAAUCAACCAAUUAUCUGCCCAUCAAAGUCUAAGCUUCUGCUAUCAUCACUUACAAUAGCUGCUAAUAAUACCAACUGUCAGGUUCCGAUGUUUGUUUAUGUUCUUCCACCAAGUGAAAAAAUGUACCUUGGAGUGGGCCUGGGGUCUGGAGUUCGCACCGAUUACGACAUGAUUCACAUGAGGCACCCUCCUCGCCAGUGUACUCAUCUCUCUGGGCUUUUGGAUGUAUUUCGAAGUAAACUCAAGUGCAAUGAGACUUCCCCUCCAGUUUUGGUAUCUGUGAGGUUCACGUAUAUUCUUUCUGAAUGGCCUCAUACACUCUGGACACAGCAGCCACCAGACUUUGAUGCCACACUAACUGACGUUGGUUUUUCUGAUUUGGGAAAAUUGCCUUUUGGAGCUCUAAGUGACCCAGUUAGUGAGCUACACCUAUCUGCUACAUGGCCGUGUGUGAGUGAAGAUGUAUUGGUGGAUAGUGAUGUAUACAGUGAUCUUGACCCUGGUUCAGCCCCUCUGUGGACAGCCCGUCUGGUAACUAAUGCAUCUCCUCCGUGUCUUCUAUCCGAGUAUCUGACAGAGUUUCUCCAUGUUUGUCGAAAUAAUCAAUCUGUAACUCAGAUCUUGGGACCAGACUUUACUCCAGAGGUGGAGGAUGCUGCGGAAUUUUCUUCAGCUUUGGAUCGUUUGACAGAACCAUCUGUGCCAACUUUGUCUAAGAUAGUGGGCAGAGUAAGACCUGGCUCUAAAAAUGUGAAACACUCAAGUUCUCAGCCUGGGGAAAUGGGUCCCAUAUCAGUAGAUAUUCUUGUUCCAAUUCUCAACUAUUUGUUCCCUGAUGCUGAAGGGGAAGAACAGAGUGCACCUUUUCCUAGUACACUGAGUCAAGUACCAGAGUGGACUGGUGAAGAUGCACCUGCUGGAGAACAUCCUUUGAAGGCUUUAUUAAGCAAUAUGAAGAGUAGUGGUGUUGAUGGGUUGGUAUGGCGCUUGGCUAUUGUGUUGUGCCAUGUGAUACACUCUCUUGGUGGAUUGCCAGCUGCUGCUCACAUCUGGCACGAGGUUGUUUUAGAAUUGCGCUUCCGGUGGGACAAUGCCAUUCUUGUCCCAGGUAUUGGUAGUGGGUCACCUGACCUUGCAUCAACUUUACUUCACCAAAAACUUCAAAUGCUAAACUGUUGUAUAAUUCGAAGAAGGGCCAGGGAACAAUCACUGUCUAAAUCUAGUAAUGAUGAAGUGGAUGAAGAAGAUGAGUUUUAUGAAUGUGAAGAGGAAAUGGAGGAAGAAGAGAAGUCAAAUGGCACUCGUUCUUCAUGGGAUAAGCCAGAAGGACGCUUAAAACGCUGUGGAAAAUUGCGACUUAUCAAAACAAAUGAGCAGUUGUUUGUUCCAUUCACGCAAGAGCCAGCACCAAUGACAGAGGACCGGCUUGAGGAACAUGCUGAUGUGCUGCUACGUUUAGGGACAGACACCGUAGGAUCACAGCUUCGUGCACGGAUGAUGUCUGCUUCUUUACUUUCAGAUAUGGAGUCUUUUAAGGCAGCAAAUCCAGGAGCAGUCCUUGAAGAUUUUGUUCGCUGGUACUCGCCUCGUGAUUGGAUAGAGGAGGAAUCUGAUGACCCCAGCCAUCCACCCCAAGGAAGCCUUAGUGCACGCAUGCAAAUCCCUGGAAAUAUGUGGAAGGAGGUAUGGAAUAGUGCAAAACCUGUACCAGCAAGGCGUCAGAAGCGCUUGUUUGACGACACACGGGAGGCUGAGCAAGUUCUUCACUGGCUAGCAUCUAUGGGUCCUGGUGGUGUGUGUGGUCACCUUCAACCUACUAUUUUACAUGCUUCCCUGUGCCGACUGGCAGAGGAAAGAGCACUGUUCUCCCUUCCAGCUCCUAACAGCCUCCCACAACCUUGUCACAGUAAUACCCUUGCUACAGUCUUAGAGAUGAUAGCACAAAGGGUUGUAAGACUCUCUAGACAGCCUCCCGAUUCAAACAAGUAUCAGGAAGUAGUUGAGCAAAUAGCAGAAGUUGAAACGUGUAUAGCCAGAGCACAGAGUGUACGGCACAAACUUUUAGGAGACUCCAGCGAGUCCCAUACUACAUCGAAACCUCUGGAAGACCUUGUGCUGAGGCUCUUAAAUUCACCUGAAGUAAUCUUAGAUGGUGGGUCUCGAGGAUCAGCUGCUGCUGUCAUCAGGAAGCUGUUUCAGCAGGCUAGAAGAGCAUCAAUGAUGGUAGACGACUCUCCACAAGAAAGCCCAAGUAAUCACAAUGAUCGUCGAGCAUCCAUGAAUUCUGGCCAUGCUGGAACUGCAAGUGAAUUGGGACGGCCUGCUGGUCGUGAAUAUCUUUUGCGAACGCUGGUACCAGCCCCUAUGGCUUAUUCUCGGCCAGUACCUCACCGCAUGUUUGCAGUUCUUCUUCAGAAUGAAUUCCGUCUUGCAGGAGCAUAUUCACAGGAUACCACUUUCUGUUGAAAAUAAUACUAGUUAGCACAGAUUUAUGAUAGCUACCAUAUAUGCAUGGUUUUAACAUUAGCAUUGGUGAUAAUGGUUGGGUUAGGUAGCCUAACUGGCUGGUUAAAUUUUUUAUUGGUAUUUUGGUGCUUGGAUGUAAGUUUAGAUACCAAUUUUUUUGUAAUAUAGGAUUUAUAAUUGUGUUUGUUGCUAGUCAUUUUAACUAUAAUAUUCAUUAAAGUUUAUUAUCAGUUAAAUGUGCUGACAAAAUAUAUAUACCACAUAUUUUUACCAAAUAUACUUUUGAGAAAAUGAACA